AUGCCCUUCAUGAAAGAUAGCUCCUCUUCCGGAUCACCGGACUGUGAGCCGAGCCCCCAUGUGUAUCUGGAUACUCAGCGAAUUGUCAGCGACAACGAAUAUGCUGGAGGUGAUAGGGAUGGGUGGGAUAUCCAUGACGGCCAUACGGCCUUGAAAGCGCCUAGUACUGACUUUGGAGCAACAGGAUGUCGCCUUCCAGGAGACGUUGCAUCACCGAAUGAUUUUUGGAAGAUGAUGAUGAACCAGAACACUGGUCACUCACCUAAAGUGCCAUCUUCUCGAUUCAACAUAGAUGCGCACUUCCACAAGGACAACGACCGCCCCGGUAGUUUCAAUGCGAAGGGUGGCUACUUUCUGAAUGAGACGCUGCAAGAGUUCGACCCCGGUUUCUUCGGGAUGACUCCUGUCGAGGCGAUGUGGAUGGAUCCACAGCAGCGAAAGCUGCUGGAGGUCGUAUAUGAGACUUUCGAGUCGGCUGGUGUUAGCUUACAGGAAAUGUCGGGGUCGGAUACCGCAUGCUUCAUUGCAACCUUCACAGCCGAUUUUCAACAAAUGUCGUUCAAGGAGCAUAGCUUCCGACACAGCCUGGCUGCUACUGGAGUUGAUCCUGGAAUUAUCAGUAAUCGAAUCAGCCACGUUUUCAACUUGCGAGGCCCCAGUAUCGUGGUAAAUACCGCAUGCUCUUCCUCCGUGUACGCAAUUCACAAUGCCUGCAAUGCGCUGAGAACAAAAGAGUGCUCGGCGGCUAUCGUCGGCGGAUCAAACCUUGUCUUGACAGUUGAUCAGCACAUGAACACUGCUAAGCUAGGAGUGCUCUCACCCGACUCAAUUUGCCAUACAUUCAAUGAGCACGCCAAUGGGUAUGGUCGUGCAGAGGGUGUAGGUGCUGUUUACCUCAAGCGGCUCAGUGAUGCCAUUCGGGACGGAAACCCUGUUCGCGGAGUGAUUCGAGCCAGCGCUGCCAAUAGCAACGGCAAGGUUGCAGGCGUAGGUAUCACGCAUCCGAGCUAUGCAGGCCAGUGUGCUGUUAUUCGCCAUGCCUAUCACCGCGGAGGACCUCUUGACCCCGCCUGGACCGGGUACUUUGAGUGUCAUGGUACUGGCACUCCCGUCGGCGAUCCACUCGAGGUGCGUGCAGUAGCUGACUCCAUGAAUGAUUUACGAGAAAGAACUGCCAAUCCUCUGCUCAUUGGAGCCGUCAAGACAAAUAUCGGUCACAGCGAGGCUGCAAGUGGAUUGUCUGCCGUGAUUAAAGCUAUUCUUGCCGUUGAACGGGGUAUUAUCCCACCCACGCGAGGUGUGACCCAUCUGAACUCGAAGAUUGACUGGGACAGCUGGAAAGUCAAGAUUCCUACAGAGCCAACCCCAUUCUAUUCUUACUUGCCAGUACGACGAGUGAGUGUGAACUCUUUUGGAUAUGGCGGCACAAAUGCGCACAUUAUCGUGGAAGGCGCAGAUUCCCUGUUGGUUGCACCACAGCGUUAUCAAUAUACCGCUACCCAGCCUGAAGCUCGACUUCAAAUCACCCGGGGUGCAUUGGAGAGAAAUCGACCAUUCCUUGUCCCCUUCUCUGCUCACGACAAGCCAACCCUUAAACGUAAUAUCGAAGCGCAUUCCGCGGUAGUCCAAAACUACAAUUUGCUAGAUCUAUCCUAUACACUCGCCAAUUGUCGCACUCGAUUUCAAAGUCGUGCAUUCGCAGUUGCAACUAGCCCCCGAAAGGCCGAUAUCUUUGCUGAUGAUUUGCAGCAAUUCACCUUCGCCGAGAGGAAGAAGUCUCACGCACUGGGCUUUGUCUUUACUGGACAAGGUGCCCAGUGGGCCCGAAUGGGCUCUGAGCUGAUGACAUAUUACCCCAGCUUCCUGCAAAGUAUCAGGUACAUGGACGCGAUUCUUGAAGGGCUAGAUGAUACCCCGGAGUGGACGUUGGAAGACACGUUGCUAGAAGACGCAAACAUAUCCGUGGUGAAUGAGGCUGAAUUCUCGCAACCCUUGUGCACGGCAAUCCAGGUCGCGCUCGUCCAACUUCUUCGACUGUGGAACAUUGUCCCUUCCAUCACUUGUGGCCAUUCCUCGGGCGAGAUUGCCGCUGCAUACGCUGCCGGCUUCAUUUCCGCAGCCGAAGCAAUUGUUUUGGCAUACUACCGUGGCAAGGUGGUACGCGACAUCAAUACCAAUGGUGCAAUGAUGGCAGUCGGACUAGGAGACAAGGCAGUCCAGCCAUAUAUUGCGGAGUGCGGUACAUCCGUCGUUGUGGCUUGUCAUAAUUCUCCAGCGGGUGUCACCUUGAGUGGCGACGCAGAUGCCUUGGAAGCCAUUCGUGAGAAGAUGACAGCUGACAAGGUAUUUGCACGUAUCCUGAAGACAGGAGACAAAGCUUAUCACUCACCGCACAUGCAACCUGCAGCAGCCAAGUACGAAGCCUUGGUUCGUAAUGCAAGACAGACACUAGACCUGGAUAGCCCGAAGUUGCUUUCAGACAAUGUGCAAAUGGUGUCGUCUGUUACCAAUACAAUUCUAGCACGAAAUGCUGUUCUUGACGAAACAUACUGGAGUGCGAACCUAUUGAGUCCAGUGUUAUUCAACCAAGUCAUUCAGACGAUUGCAUCCAGUGCCGAAUUCGACCAAAUUGACACGCUCAUCGAAGUCGGGCCUCAUUCUGCGCUUUCUGGUUCUAUACGCCAGAUAAAGGCAGAAUUCAAUUUCGAAAACCUACAAUAUCUAACCACUCUCAUCAGGAAUGAAAAUUCCGCCACAUCUCUUCUUAAACUUGCGGGCGAGCUGUUCCUCCGCGAUUAUCCUCUUGAAUUGCAACGAGUAACUGCCAUCGAAGAGAGUUCACCCAGUAGCAAGAUCUUCUGCAAGAAGGGCAGCCUCAUCGUGGACCUUCCACCCUACCAAUGGGACAAAACCAAGCGGUUCUUAGCAGAAUGCCGUGAGAGCCGCGAGCACCGACAGGCCAAGCACAUACGCCACGAUAUCCUAGGUUCCAUCGUACCAGGCUGCGAUUUAAAAGAGCCUUCUUGGCGCAAUUUACUCCGCAUCCGCGAUCUACCAUGGCUGAAAGAUCACUCGAUCGGCGGCGAGGCUAUUUUCCCUGCAGCUGGAUAUUUCUCAAUGGCAAUGGAGGCCAUAACACAACUCAGCGAGAGAGCAGACUCGGCCUCCAGCAUUGAGGGAUAUGUUUUGCGAGAUGUUAGUAUCAAGCAAGCGCUUGUCACCCCUGAUGAUGAUUUCGGCAUCGAGGUGAUGCUGAGCAUGCGUCCCUCUUUGUACGCCCCAAAUGAGGACCAAAGACCUUGGUGGGACUUCGACAUAUCCUCCAUUACUGAGAGCGGAUAUGUUAAAGAGCAUGUGGCGGGUAGCAUCAGCGUUACAACUCGUCGCAAAGGGCUUUCUAGCCGUGCCAUUCCAAAUUUUCCGCAACGCGCGUCGGGCAAGUCUUGGAACCAGGGUCUAGGCGAGGUUGGUUUCCAUUAUGGCCCGGCCUUCCAGGAUAUAGAGAAUAUCUACUUCGACGGCAAGACCUAUGCUGCGGCCUGUGACACUCGUCUUAAGACAACAGUCGAGGGCAUGAUCGAAGAGUCCCGCCAUGUCUUGCACCCUGGAACCGUGGACUCUUGUUUGCAGCUCCUCCUCAUCGCUAACUGGGCUGGUUGUGCCAGAAACAUGACAGCGGGCUCAUUGCCCAUCCAAGUAAAUGAUAUGACCAUCUGGAAACCCACGGCGGCGCAAAUUGAUGCUGGUGCAGCAACUGCCUUUUCGUGGAUUGACCUGCGCGGGCUACGAACCUUCAAUGGCCAAAGUGAGCUAAAAGCAAAGAACGGCGAAGUACUUAUGGAGAUAAGAAAUAUGAGGUGGGUGGCCUACGAGGCUGUCGUGCCGCAGAAGGCUGGCGAGCCAGAGAUGCCUCAACCUUAUGGGGAAAUGGUGUGGAAGAUAGAUGUCGACUCGGUAUAUAAAUCCGCUCAUCUAGAUGUUUCUUCCUUCGUAGAUCUUGUCUUAUUCAAGGAUCCGGAGUCCAGAGUGAUGGUGGUCGGCGCGGAAACUGCCGAAGCAGUUUUGACCAAGUUGCAGGGCCGUGCAAUUACAGUGAUGGAUUCAGCAAGCGAGUUGGCCCAAUUAAUGAAGGAUGAAUCCUUCGACCUUGUAGUUGCGUCUAUAAACACAAGCAAGGAUCUCAUGGGCGUGCGGAAGCUGCUGACCCCCGGCGGUAGAGCAAUUAUCACACCGGAAACUCCACUCGAUCCUAAUGACUACGCAACUUCUGGAUUCUCUCGCGAUAUUAUCACACUGGGAGAUGGUAUGGGCGUGGUAGUCAGUGCAGUGAACUCGCCACUCACAAAAUUGGACUACAUGGAUGGUUCUAAUCCUCAUGCAAUUCAUCUUGUCUACCGCCACUCGCCUCCAGCUAUCAUGUCGGAUAUCCAGUCGGCUCUUGAACAAAAAGGGUGUUUGGUAUCUUCGUCCAGUAUCGUCUCCCAUAUUGAGAUGGGUAGUAAUGUCAUAUUGCUGGCCGAUUUUGAAGAGCCACUUCUUCAUUCCAUCACCGAGAGUGAGUUUAUCGGUCUCCAACGAAUAACGAACACCGCGACAAGGCUCCUUUGGGUUACUGCAGGUGGUCUGUUGGAGGGUAAGAAGCCCGAAUACGCCAUGGCAUCCGGACUGAUACGGUCCCUCAUGUCUGAGCAGGCUUCUCUCUGGGUAACUCUGGUUGAUUUUGAUACCGAGACGACAUCCUCUGAGGAUAUCUGCAGAAUUGUGACCAAGAAGAUUGUUCAACAGGACAAAGGAAUCAAGCCCACGGAAAGCGAAUAUUAUGUCUCCAAAGGCCAAACAUUCAUCAGUCGCCUGGUUUCCAACGAGAUCAUCAAUACCGUAUACUUGACAGAUGAGACCAAGCCAAAGUCAAUGAUCUUUGACCCCAAUCUGCCAAUAGUUGGGAAGCUACAGUCUGGAAAAGUCAUAUUCGAGAUGGACGACAGCACAGAUGACUCGAUUGCUUCCGAAUCGGUCGAAGUGCGGGUUUUUAGCACUGGUCUGAACAGAGAAGAUGCGGUCAUUGCUUCAGGGGCAGAUGUUUUAACAGACUUCAGCCAUGAGAUUGGCGGGGUAGUAACGCGAGUUGGCAACGCGACGACAGGAUACGCUCCAGGCGAUCGGGUUAUUGGCUUCAGCUUUGGCAAAUUCGCUACAAUCCAACGCGUCCACCAGAGUCUUCUGCAUAAAGUCCAGCCAGAUGAGUCUCUGCCGGAGAUGACCUCUCUCCCUAUGGCAUAUGGCACAGCUCUUUAUGGAUUGAAGAAUCUUGCUCAUUUGCAAGAAAGUGAGACAGUUCUCAUCUUGCCAGGUUGUGGUCUAGCAGGCACCGCGGCGAUUAGAAUCUCCAAGGCAUUUGGCGGAUAUCCAUACGUUGUUGCUACCAGUGCGGCUGAAGCCGAGUUUAUCAGCUCGCACUUCGAACUGGAUUCUUGCCAGGUCAUUUUGGCCUCUGAGAUUUCCAAGCUACAAGAUGUAAACGGUCAAUACAAGGUUGAUGUCAUCUUUGCUUCAGAAUGGGUAGCACCCUCUGUGGCACAAGAGGUCUGGCGACACAUUUCUCCCUUUGCGCGCUUUGUCAACUGUGGUCGGAAAAAUGUCCUCACCCGCAGCAUCCUUGACACAGUCCCUCUUCGUCGGGGAGCUCAAUAUAUUUCGUACGAUCUUCUAGAUCUCUACAACAUCAAGCCGCACAUUAUGUCCCAGCUACUGGUGGAGACCGUUAGUCUUUACCGACAAGGCAUCAUUGCCGCAAUCUUCCCUCGGUCACUCAAGAACAUUGCUGGACUUGAUAGUGCCCUGGCGUCAUUUUCUGAUAGCUUCGAGGCGGGGAAGACAAUUAUUUUGCAUGAGACGUCAGAGGCAACUUUGAAUAUUCUGCCUCCUCGCCCUCGCUUGACAUUGCGUGCAGAUGCCACAUAUCUUCUCAUCGGAUGCCUUGGAGGCUUGGGCCGUAGCCUCACAUCGUGGCUCAUGAAAAAAGGAGCUCGCAACUUUGCGUUCCUUUCUCGAUCUGGCGCUGACUCAGAACAAGCUUCUCUGGUUGUCGAUGAAUUAAAAGCCGCCGGUGCCACUGUUCAAGUAUUCCGGGGAGACGCAGGUGUAAAGUCCGAUAUUGAAGAGGUCGUCAAUUCUGUACCGGGUGACCGGCCUAUCCGAGGGGUGAUUAAUGCCGCUAUGGUACUGCGAGAUGGAUUGUUCCACAACAUGCCGUAUGAGAACUGGACAACAUCCGUACAUCCAAAGGUCACCGGUACGAAGAACCUGCACGAGGUCCUUUCCAAUCUUCCACUGGAUUUCUUCGUGACAACAAGCUCCGUCUCUGGGGCAUUGGGAACACCAGGACAAAGCAACUACGCCGCAGGAAACAGCUAUCUAGAUGCUCUCGCGCGACACCGUCGCUUUCACCGGCAGAAAUCAGUCUCGAUCGUCCUUCCAAUGGUCCUCGGAGUUGGGGUGGUCGCGGAGAACAACGAGCUCGAGGAGUCACUCAGACGCCAAGGGAUGUAUGGCAUUGACGAAGAAGCCCUCCUCCGCGUCUUUGAGAUUGCGAUCAUUGAACAGGUUGGGCAAGGAAUUUCAGACCACAUUGUUGUCGGUCUGGAUCCAAUAGAGCUCACCAAGGCAGCACAGGAGACAGGUAACAUCGACAGCUUUUGGGCGUCGGAUGUACGGUUUAAUCACACUGUUUGGGCUAUGAAGUCCCAGGGUGAGGAUGUGCACGCUGCAGGUGGGAGUCAGAGUAUCCUGUCUUCCUUGCAAGGGUUGAAAUUUAUCGAUGCGGUUCAGGCUGUGCGUGAACACAUUAUUGGCAAGCUUUCUCGCAUGCUGAUGCUGGGCAUGGACGAGUUUGAAGAAGAGCAUCGGUCUAUUGCCAGCUAUGGGGUUGAUAGUAUGAUUGGUGCUGAGUUGCGAAAUUGGAUCUUCAAGGAACUGGGUCUGGAGAUUUCGUUCCAGCAGCUAUUGGGUUCGAGUCUGACGAUUACCAAGCUUGCAGAACAUAUUGCAAAGAAUGGGGUUGCAAAGAUAUAG